AUGUCCACACUCGAGAAUCUCGUUGACAUCCCGAAUACUUCCCAAUUUCAAGAGCUGCUCUCGAAGGAUCUCAAACGUAUAUCACUAAUCUACUUCUGGACGUCCUGGGCUGAGCCAUGUGUACAAAUGAAUCAGGUUGUGGAAGGGCUAGCGAAGGCACAUCCAAAACUCCUCGCACUCAGGGCAAAGGCAGAAGAGCAAGCAGAUAUAACAGACUCCUUUGACAUCAACUCCGUUCCGACAUGCUUGGUUAUCCAGGGCCAUGCUUUACUUGCCCGAAUCGAAGGUGGAGAUGCGGCCCAGCUUACAAAAACGAUCACAGAGUGCUUGGGAAACAAGUCCUCCGUAGCUCCCCAGUCAACGACAUCUCAACCUCCUACCCCUGCUCUAUCUUCCGAGACGCCAGAACAGUUAGAAGCUCGUAUGCGUGGUAUCAUGAAUCAAAGCGCAGUGGUCCUGUUCAUGAAAGGGGAGCCAGAUACGCCUCGGUGUGGAUUUUCCAAGACUGCCGUGGCGUUGUUGAGGGAGAAAAAGGUUGCAUUCACCCAUUUUGACAUUCUCGGUGACGACAGUGUGCGGCAAGGUCUGAAGAAACUGAACGAUUGGCCCACCUUCCCACAGUUCAUAGUAAAAGGCGACUUUGUGGGAGGAUUGGAUGUAGUCAAGGAAAUGAAGGAGUCGGGGGAGUUCGAAGAGGUUUUCUUUACUUGA